AACAGCAUCCCUAUCACUGAGGCACUAGUGGCUUUAGGUGCCUGUUUAUUUCCUGGCUUGCGCCGGGAUACCGUUCGCUACCACCAACCAUGCGCUCCCUCUCUCUUGGCAGGGCAGCUCUCCUGCUCGCACUUACAGGCCAUGUCACCGACGCGGCUCCAUCCAGGGCCCGGCAGCACCGGUACGCCGUCAACCAGCAGCGUGCCGGUGCGGUGAAGGAGGCUUUCCAGGUCUCGUGGGAUGGGUACUAUAAAUACGCCUUCCCCCACGACUCCUUGAGGCCUGUCACAAACGGCUAUGCGGAUGACAGGAACGCAUGGGGGGCGAGCGCUGUCGACGCAUUCAGUACGGCUCUGGUUAUGGAGAACUGGGACGUCGUAAACCAGAUCCUGGAGUACAUCCCGCAGAUCAACUUCGACAGUACCACGGAUGAGGUAUCGCUGUUUGAGACCACCAUCCGAUAUCUUGGCGGCCUCGUGUCCGCGUACGACCUCAUUACAGGGCCCCUUGAUGGGCAUACCAGCUAUUCGGACAACGUGGAUGCCAUCCUCACGCAAGCAAAGCGACUGGCCGACAACCUGAAAGUGGCCUUCGACACGCCCAGCGGCGUCCCGGACAACAGCCUCUACUUCAACCCGCCGCGCAAGGGAGGCUCCAGCACAAACGGCAUUGCCACCAUCGGCACGCUGGUGCUCGAAUGGACGCGCCUGAGCGACCUGACCAACGACCCGGAGUACGCGGAGCUGGCCCAGAAGGGCGAGUCGUACCUCUUAAGCCCCUCCCCGGCGCUCGGAGAACCGUUCCCGGGUCUGUUGGGCACCAACGUCCGGCUCUCGGACGGGCAGUUCGUGGACGGCAGUGGCGGCUGGGGCGGCGGCACCGACAGCUUCUACGAGUAUCUCAUCAAGAUGUAUCUCUACGACCCGGAGCGCUUCGCCACGUACCGCGACCGGUGGAUCGCCGCGGCCGACUCGUCCAUCAAGUAUCUCGUCUCGCACCCGACCACCCGGCCCGAUCUCACCUUCCUCGCCAUGUGGUCGAACACGACGCUGCGCUUCGUCUCUCAGCAUCUGGCCUGCUUCGACGGCGGCAAUUUCAUCCUAGGCGGCCUGACGCUCGACGAGCCCGCCUACACGCAGUUUGGCCUGGCGCUCGUCGACGGGUGCCACGAGACAUACACGUCCACGGCGACGGGGAUCGGGCCCGAGGUCUUCUCGUGGCAGGACGCCAACCACCCGCUCAACGCCAGCAACAACCGGCCGCCGCCCGCCGACCAGGCCGCCUUCUAUAACGCGUCGGGCUUCUGGAUCAACAACGGCGGCUACGUCCUGCGCCCGGAGGUCAUCGAGAGCUAUUACUACGCCUACCGCGCCACUGGCGAUGCCAAGUACCAGGACUGGGCGUGGGAGGCGUUCCAGGCGAUCAAUAAGACGUGUCGCGUCGGCAGUGGGUACUCGAGUAUCAACGAUGUGAAUAAGCCCGAUGGGGGUGGGUUUACUGAUUUCCAGGAGAGUUUCUGGUUUGCGGAGGUGUUGAAGUAUAGCUAUCUGAUUCAUGCCGAGGACGCGCCCUGGCAGGUCAAGGCCGACCAUACGAAUGAAUUCGUGUUCAAUACCGAGGCGCACCCGGUUCGGAUUGCGGGAGGAAGGGAGACGUACAGGAGAAAGAGGUCCGCGUGAGCGGCGGGCAGGGCGGCGGGUAUCUACCGACGGAGUAGUGGUAAAGGGUAUUCACAAUGCCUUAGUAACUAAUGUCCUUGGAUCAUUGACAGCCGCAUAUUUGCGGUUGGAUAGGCAUCGUCCAAACUAAACUGGGUCUCCGACAAGGUCUUGGACGAACAGCACCUUCUGUCCUGUGCAUCCACCUGACGUUUUCAGUCGCCGACCAUGUGCUGCUGCAACUCAUUGCCACUAUGUGUAGCCGUGUUCAUCGAACACUACUCAUAUAGACGUGAUGCGGAUUUGAGAGGAAUGCUUCACUGGAAGAACCA